UUUGGCCAACAACAAAAACAUAGCAUUCCACUCACAACAAAGAGGUAAGUGAGAGCUUUGCUCGAAAACCAUAAAAUCAACCAUGAAGAACACCAAGCUCGUGGCGAUCAUUGUCCUCCAUGCCAUCCGGGUCAUGGGAAUCCUUGUACACGUGAAUGCCGACUACUUCCCCAAGUGUUGCGACAAAUGCAGGUCGUUCUCGGGGGUCGACGUAUGUGACGACGCCCAUCCUCAGUGCCCCAAGGGAUGCUCCGCAUGCCGGGCGGUGCAGACGGGCCGUGUCAAGAUGUUCCGGUGCGCCGACAUGCGCUCCACCAUCAACGACACAUGCGGCCCGCGCUGCAAGAAGAACUGACCGGUUCAAGCUCGAAUCAUGAUAAUCGUUUCUCCAAAAAUAAAGCUCAGAUAGGAUGAGCACUGUCACCGUAUUUUGUGCGUACAUGUGGCCCCACAUUGCACGCCGAUAAUGCAUACAUUGUUGUCAGUCGCCGUCGUUUCAUCAUCGCCAUUGUUCUUGGUUUUAGUUUCCUCUUCAAGAGUAGUCAGUUGUUGCUCGCUUAUCAGGUGCCCGUUGUAUCCUCCGUGAAUAAACACCUGUGUUGAUUGUGUGUCUCCACUUAAAACGCAUUUGUUCGUGUCA